UCCACAGCGCGUCUACAACACGCUUCUCGUUUUUUCAUCGCGGACUUGCCACAAGAAUGAACAUCUCAAGCGUGGAUGCAAAGCUGAACACCAUCGUGCCAAAAGACCACUGUCCCAUUUAGUGAAUAAUGGUGGUCCACAGGAAAUGUUCUCUGAAAGGAAGGUCCCUGCAGUGGAAACACAACUCGAGGACACCUUCAAAGCGACUCUGGACAAGCACAUAAAUAUUGCUUCGGUGGCCUUCAUCCUCUAUCCCUCACCUACUGCACUUACUGCCACUGCGAACGCAUACACAUCCACUCAACAUUUCAAUCAAUUAUCUGCUAGACCAGAUGACCCAGUCCACAUCCUACCCCUCCUCGUCGAAUGAUUCCGAUUCUUCCAAUGCGGUACAAUACAUGCCAAACACUGGCAUGUAUAUGGGUCAAUUUUCCUGGCCCCAGCCCGCAUACAUUCCUCAUCCAGGCUUCUACAACCCUGAUGAUGUGGAGCCUGAUGCACCGCAUGGUGACGCCCCCUCAUACGCCCCCGUCGCACCUUCGCCUGAUUUGGGUGCUGGAAUUGAGCAUCACGCAUUCCAAGCAGGACCAAAUGGUUAUUACCCCCCUGCAGUAGCUGAUGUAUCGGGUGCCACUUAUGUUGGUCUAUACCCAUCGCUAACUCAGGCUGCUCCUCCCCCACAACACCCAUCCGCGCCCCCCCUGUACCAUCAAUCUUUCCCAUCGAGUUCUUUUCCAGGAGCCGCGAACCCUUACACUCCACCCGAACCGCACCAAGAAUAUUUCCACCAGAAUCACGCGCCUGGGCGCCCAACGCCCUUUGCUCCCUUAUUUGUCCCUCAAGCGCCAAGUUUGUCGGUCGGUAAAAAGCGCGUCGCGGAAGACCUCGAAGAACGCGGCGUCAAGCGAACUAAAAUAGUCUCCAGCAGGAUCAAGAACGACCCGUUAAACCUGUGUUAGAUCAACAUGGUCAAUCCAACGGGACAUUCAUGUGUUCCAAGGACGGAAUAGUACUCCAUCCUGAAGGCUAUCUUAAACACCUCAAGACAAAAAAGCAUUUAGGUUUCAAACUAGAGAAAUACAAAUGCCCUGGUUGUAUCAAAACUUAUGCCCGACGUGAUGCCUGCAAGAGGCAUUGGGACAACAGUUGUGGAAAGCUUACACCUGAGGGCGCUCAGC